GAAAUAACAGGUAAAAAGCUUCCUAUCAUUAGAUUAACCCCAGAGGUUUCAUGGACUGGGACGCGUAAUAGUUAAAGAGCGACAGCGCUGAGACGUCAGUGUGCGUUUUUAACGGAGUGCACUUUGAACUGAACAGCUGACACGGGGUGAGUCCGGUGGAGAGAAGGGAAACGGUUCCCAGUGUAUAAUCUGACACUGAUGUCCUCCGGGUGUUGUCCAAAUAAAGGGAAGUUGCCUUGAACUCCGCCAAGCAGCAUGCAUGACAGCAGAUCGGAUGACGCUGGAUCCGAACCAGCUGUCAGCAAUGCGGACACCCACGGCAGCAGGAGGUCAAGACAGAGAAACGUUGUGGAGCGACUCUCGAGGUAUGGCAUGCAGGUCAUGCCGGCUGCUUUCCAGCAGCGUAGGUCGAUGCAGCAGAGGCAGAGAGAGGUCACUGACAGCUCGGCUCCCGGAGGACCUCAGAGAGAGGCUACGGAGAGAGGAUCGCUCACACCCGCCAUGCGUAAAAAGUACCUGAAAGAGCUGCUUUUGAGCAACUCAUCACACGGCGGGUUAAGCAGCGUGCUGUCCUCACAAACAGAACGCGUGUCAUCGGCGCAGGACGCAGACUGGGCUCUGUACCCGAUGGAGCACGCGUGGAUGCUGAACGCAGUGGAGGGGAGCUAUGAAACCAUCCUGGAGUUCAUCUCCACGGACCCGUAUCUCCUGACCAGGAAGGAUUUCAUCAGCGGGUACUCGGUUCUGCACUGGCUGGCCAAGAGAGGACAGGGCGAGAUUCUGGUCAAACUUUUGAGGUUUGCAGAAGGAGCGGGGAUCCCUGUGAAUGUGAACUUGCGGGGCAGCGGUGGGCUCACGCCGCUGCACGUCGCCAGCAUGCACAAGCAGUACAUGGUCAUUAAGCUGCUGGUGGGGGCAUUCGGUGCCAGCGUCGAAGCCAUGGACUACAACGGCAGGAGACCCUGGCAGUAUCUGGAGGGAAACGCCCCGCAGGAGAUGAAGGAGCUUCUGGGCACCUGGGACGAUGAACACAGUGGCGGAUAUGCGCAAAACAGCAACAACAACGGCAACAAUAACAGCGCCGGCGCGAUAAACACGACCGUGCAUGACGAGGUGGAUUAUGGAGACAGAGAGGUGGUCAUGAACCCCUUUGAGCGGACCAAGAGGGGGGGCAGCUGGGGGUUUGGGUCUCUGAGGAAGCUGCUACCCUCGUUUUCAUUCCUAGGAAACAAGAGCUGAGUGACUGAGAGGGUCCUUUGAAUGUGUCUGUCAUUUUUAUAUUCAGUGAGUUGCUGACCUAAAAUCGUCAUCCUUACAGGCCCAACAAAGUCAGUGCUUACAGUGUACACUUCAUCAUUCUAGUCUUUCUCUUGCUUGACUCUUACUCUAAAGCAGUGUUCUAGAUGUACACCUCUUUCAGGAGAGUUCAGAAAAAAAAGUUAGUUAAUGGAAACUCACUGAUCUGCCUACUGAAAUUGCAGAAUUGACUUCUUUUGGGGAUUGGUCUGAAAAUUGUGUUAAUUUCCUUAGUGGUAUAUUUCUACCACCUUAGGAAUACUACAUAGACAAACUUGAGAUGAAAAACCUUUUUAGUUAGUCUUGCGUCCAACACUUGAAUGGUUGCAUGUCAGGAAGGUUUGGCACUUCAGUUACAGUAAAACAGCCACUUCUAUACAUUUCAGAAUCUUUAUAUUGCAUUUGUUUUCACUUGACAUCCCCUUAAUAAAAAUAUUCAAUGAGCUCUUCAACUUGCCUUCUUGCUGACCCACUUCCGUUUAUGUACACAACCUAACAGUUACGGCUGACGUGGCUAACAUUUCCAGGACAGUUUUCCACAUUUUCAGUCCAUAAACAUUUAGUUUGACCUGCUUCUAGUUUAGCCUCAAUGAAGUUGUUUUCUUUAGCUCCGGCUACAAACCCAGAGUUUAAUUUCCUGCCCACAAUCUUCCAUGAAUAGUGACUCCGAAGAAUUUUCUGUGGUCAAGAGGGUGAAACCCCCUUCUGAGUGCUUCCAUUUCUACAUAGCUGUGUCAGCACUUCCCCAUCUUCAUCUGAUUUUCAUUUAUGUUACAUGAAAGCAAAAUAAAAUCAUUUUCAGUUUGAUCACA